UUUCUAUCCAGAUCUAAACUUACUAAAGCUAGAUCUAGAUCUAGAUCUACUACUAUCUACUACUCAGUCAGUCUACUAGUCUACUACUAACUAAAACUAGAUCUAGUAGUUAGUUAUUAGAUCUAGAAUCUAUAAGUUAAGUAAGACUUUUAGACUAAGACUUGAGUCAUUGACUCAUCGAGUCAUUACUACUCAUUGAGUCAUUAGGCACAUUAGAGUCAACUGUUAUAUGGAGAGAUGAUCCACAGAGUUAGAAGCCACGUUUCAUCCAGAUCUUAAGCCAAGUCUAAACCAGGAACCAAAGUGACAAUACUUUUACAUUAGAGUUACAGCUAUGAAGUAUACAAUGAAGGCAUCAAGAUAUCUGCUUCAAUCUUACCACCAGAUAUUACAUAGCUCUGGUAACAAGCAGCACUGUGUACCCUUAGUAUACAGAUACACUUUUCGCUCUUUUGGGCUGUCUCACAAAUCUGGUGUAGUUCUGAGUCCUGCAAGUUUCAAUGUACAUUGGUGUCGUCCUGGAUCAAGCUCAAACCUAAUAAUAAAGACAAACUGUCAAGUGUUCAAGUCAUACUUGUGCACAGAUGACAGAAGUGAUGUAGUGGCAGAAGAUGAAGAAUAUGGAGAGUUUGUCAGAGAAAUCUGUGCCAUCCCUGGGGUGGGGCACAGGGUUUUAGUUGUUCAACCAGAUAUCAAAACAGGAACAAGACGUUAUGUUAUGACCACCAGGGAGCUGAAGCUGGAGGAAACAUGUGCCUUAGUCAACACUCUGCCAAACUGGAAAGUUCUAGAAAAGAGGAUUGUAAGGACAGACCAUGAAAACACAGCUCAAGUCUUUGGUGCUGGAAAUUUUGAGCUUUUGGUGGAGGCAAUCAGAAAGAAUAGUUCAAUCAGUGCAGUUGUGGUAGGGAUAGAUCGCCUGACUGGCCUGCAGAUAGGCUGUUUACAGGAGGCUUGGGGGCUACCAGUCUUUGACCGCUACACCAUCGUCCUGCAGAUCUUCAAACACCACGCCCAGUCACCAGAGGCUAAGCUGCAAGUAGCUCUAGCUGAGAUCCCUUAUGUCAGAUCCCGCAUCCAGCUGAUGCAUGGUGGGUAUGAGAUGGAGCUGUCACAUUUAGCUGGGGGCUCAACCCAAAUGACCCUGGAGAAGAGACACAUGCUGCUACAGAGAAGGGAACAUAGAAUUAAAAGAGAACUGGACAAGCUGCACAGCAAACGACAAGAAAUACGACUCAAGCGCCAGCGUGACAGUCAACCAACUGUAGCUGUUGUGGGCUAUACAAAUUCAGGCAAGACAACUCUAAUCAAAGCUUUAACAAAAGAUGAAUCACUAACACCACAAAACAAUCUGUUUGCUACUCUGGAUGUCUCUGCACAUGUAGGCAUGCUGUCCAGUAGGGUCAAGGUCACAUAUAUUGACACUGUAGGGUUUAUAUCAGACAUGCCCAUCACGCUGCUGGAUGCCUUUAGAGCUACGCUGGAGGACGCCAUGAUGGCUGAUUUGAUUGUUCAUGUGCGUGAUGCCAGCCACCCAGACUUGAAGCUCCAGGUUGUGUCCGUCCACAAAACUCUCCAGAGAAUGUUGCCUGAAGGGAAGCUCAACUCCAUGAUAGAAGUCUACAACAAGGUGGACCUGAUCCCUACACAAGCUGCGGAGGCUUUAGACCCUGGCAUUCUACAGAUCUCUGCUGUCAGGGGCAAUGGCUUGGCUGAGUUAGGAGAACAGCUGGGGCAGAGACUGCUGCAGGAAACUAAUUUGAUGCAGAAAACAUUUCGCAUCCCUAACAGUGAAAAUAUAUUGAGGUGGCUGUACAGUGAAGCAGCUGUUAGCUCUGUCAGACCAGACCCAAGGGAUGGCCAGUUUCUCAUUGUUGAUUUGGUCAUUUCACCUCCUGCCUAUGGGAAAUUUUGUGCCAGAUUUGCUCGAAAAAAGAGUCAAUAGUAAAUAAAAACAGUUA